UGUAAACCUAUGCUUGUGUUUUAUCUGUUGCUGACUAAUAGAUACCAGUUUGGAAUAUAAAAUGGCUAAGCUGGGUGAAAACAAGUUUCUAUUUUUCACGUUACGGUCCGCGUUCUAUACCGGACUCGUGUCCGGAAUUUGGAGACAGGAGCAAAGCCUUCAACGUUGGGCGUAUAAAAUCGCCUUUUGGAUCGUGUUUUACUACCUGGUUGCGUAUCACUUGACCCAGUGGCUCAUGCUGACUAAAUUGCUCACCGAACCCAGCCUGGAUUUCGACGAGAUCAUCAGAAAUUACUUCAUCACUUCAAUAUAUUUGAUGACCCUCACGAAGUGCGCUUUCAUACAAGGGCACAAAUGUCAGAAAUUCUUGACGGACAUUUUGGAGUUCGAACGGAAAGUGUACGCGAGUAAUGAUACAAGACUUCACUCGAUAUACGACCGAAACGUGCGUUUGAUCAGAAGAACGAAUGUAGCCUUCUUGAGUGGGUUUACUUUGGUAUUUUUUUUCUACGUUGCUGCGCCUCUCCUACGAGCUGGUAAAAUUGUGGUACGGAAUAACUCGACCAUCCUGAUCAAACAGCUGCCAAUAUCAACGUGGACGCCGUUCGAUGAAACAGAGUACACGCAGGCGUUCGCUUGGGUUUCCUGCAACUGUUUUCUGUUUACCAUAUACUUCAUUUUGGCUGACACGAUUAUGUUUAGUUUAAUCGUUUUCGCCCUAUGUCAAAUCGACGUCCUCAAACAUUCGAUAAAAGGCAUCGCUGAUUCUGUGGACGAUAUAGAUCGGGCGAUGAAUGAUGUUCAGAUCAAAUGCAUAGCGCUGCAUCAAGAGAUUAUAAGGUACGUACUAGAACUUAAUGCGUCCAUUAAGAGUAUAAUGUUGCUGGACUUUCUGCAAAGCUCGAUUCAGCUGGCGGCCAUCAUGUUUCAGCUCGUCAGCAACUUCAGUUUGAUACAGUGCAUCCUCCUCGGCGAAUUUACUUUGACGUUAAUCGGAAGGCUGUACAUUUACUACAGCAAUGCCCACGAACUGAUGAUUCAGAGCUCAGACAUCGCGACGGCGUGGUUCCAAAGUGGAUGGCUCGGCUAUCCGUUGAAGUUUCGAAGGAACAUCAUUUUCUGCAUCCAGAGGAGUCAGCAGCCGCUACAGUUGACCAUCGGGAACUUUCAGGCCGUGUCUUUGAACAGCUUUAUUUCCAUAUUAAAGGCUACGUAUUCGUUUAUGACACUGCUGGUAACCAGGGGAUGAAGACCACCAUCGACUGCCAUUACUGCUUUAGGCAAUUUUAGAGGCCAUUUAUGUUCUCACCAACCAGGGUCACCUAACUCAACCGCAAUUUACAAUUACAAUUUACGAAGCAGCCCUCAUGAUAUUGUCUGUACCCGUCGAUGAGAGGGUUUCAGAAACAUGUUAGUUUGGGGACAUUAUUACAAGAUGCAAGUAAAUUUCGACGUUUUUUUCGACUUAACAACAAUAAAUUCAAUUUCUUAUUUACUCUGAGGAUGACCUAAAAAAGCACUCCGCGCCCAGAAGAGUAUUGUGAUAUGUCAGAAUUUACGACUGUUAAACUACUGUUAAAGUACUGGCAAUAGAUUUAGUAGGAUAAGUAUGGAGAAACUAGUUGGUUGAGAGGUGCUUAAUAGAUAUAGCAUCAAUAGUAUUUUCUUCAACAUAGCCGAUUGCACCCGAACACACCCAAAUAUACCCGAACACACCCGAACACACACGAACAUGCCCGAACACAUCCGAAGAUUCAAAAUUUUCACGCGCCUACCCGAAAAUUCACGAAAAUUGAAAAUUUCUCGCCAAAAGUGGCUUAGAACUGGCACUACUAUACUACUUUUCGUAGUUUAUACAGCGUAAAGUAAUCUUACUUGCCUUGCCGAUCUUUCGUCCCUACUACUUUGAAUCACGCGCAGAACCUUUUGUGAGGUAAUUUUUGUCGUCUCUAAACAUUUCGCUUCACCAUGCUCUUUUGAACUGGUCACUUCUCUCAA